AUGUUCAGAGCUAUUAGGUUUUCGCGUGCAUGUGGAAAUAUGGGGCUGAUGAAGCAGUGUCAAACAAGACCACUGACAGUCUCAUCGAAGCACCCGCUAAACCUGUUGAUGAGCCCGUUAAACAUGCCACUAAGAACGGUGCAUUCAAAAGCAGAAUCAAUUCAGCAUACCGCUGAUGAGCUCAGCGAGCUUAAGGAUGGAAGAAGGCCGAUGACGGUGCAUGACGAUUUGCCAGAUCCGCUAAGGGAGGGAAGGCUGAACAAGACCUAUUUUGUGUGCUUUUCAAUCCUCAUGUCGGGUGCCCUUUUUGGUAUCUUCAACUACGAGAAAACCAGUUCUCCCGUGAUGAAUGCUACGAUGUACUGCUUGCGUCGUUCUGAUUUUGCGAGAGAGGCCAUUGGAAAAGAGAUCACAUUCGCUGGAACCGUUCCAUGGGUGCAUGGUAUUCUGAAUACCAUGAAGGGACAGAUCGAUAUUGGUGUCAAUGUUCAAGGAAAUAUCGACACUGCCAAAAUGGAGCUCAAGGCGAACAGAGAUAGCAGACUUCAGGAGUUCACUAUUGAGAGAUGGAACUUGGUGUUGAAGAACGGGAAGGUGAUCAACUUGCUUGAUGAUCCUUCGAUCGAGAUUGCGUUUUAG